AUGGUGAAGGUGGGGCCAUGGGGUGGCAACGGAGGGAAUGCGUGGGAUAUGGGACAAGCCGACCACAUUACCAAACUUCGAAUCUAUUACGGAGAUAACAUUGUGGGGUUGGAGAUUACCUACAUUCUUAACGGUAAUUCCCACACCUACAAACGUGGAACCACCACCGGCGCUUCCAAGGAGAUCAUCCUUGAGGAGGACGAGUACUUCACUUCUAUCUCCGGAUAUUUUCAUGCAUUAUCCAAUUAUCAGCGACAUGCAAUUGUGAUGUUGCUUACUCUUGAUACUAACAAGGGUGCAUCCAUAAGUGUCGGUAACAAGACUGGCACUUCUUUCGCCCUUACUUUAGAAGAGGGGAGUAGGAUUCUGGGCUUCUUUGGGCGAGCUGGUACAGCCAUUGACGCUAUUGGGAUUCACUGCUCAUUGCCUAACUAA